AUGGUGGUCAACCAGGCUGUUGAACCUGGGACCCAUCAGAGUGUGGUGUCUUUACCAGAAAUUCCAGAAGAAGUUCUUUACACAUUUGGAAGCUGUAUUCUGAUAAUUGGAUCUGUGGGUGUAGCCGGAAACCUUCUAGUUCUCUAUGCAUUUUACAGUAACAAGAAGCUAAGAACAGCACCUAACUACUUUACAAUGAACCUAGCCGUCAGUGAUUUCCUUAUGUCGGCUACCCAAGCUCCAGUCUGCUUCCUUAACAGUCUUCAUGGGAAAUGGAUACUUGGAGAAAUAGGUUGUAAUGUGUAUGCAUUUUGCGGUGCGCUGUUUGGGAUAACAUCUAUGAUGACUUUAUUGGCUAUUUCUGUGGAUCGUUACUUGGUUAUCACCAGACCUCUACAAUCCAUACGAUGGUCUUCUAAGAAAAGGACAUCCCAAGUAAUUGCCCUUGUCUGGCUAUAUUCCUUAAUGUGGAGUUUGGCACCUUUACUGGGUUGGAGUUCCUAUGUUCCGGAAGGGUUAAGGAUAUCAUGUACAUGGGAUUAUGUGACAUCUACAGCAGCUAACAAAAGUUACACUAUGAUGUUAUGUUGCUGCGUCUUCUUCAUUCCCCUUCUUGUAAUAUCACAUUGUUAUCUAUUCAUGUUCCUGGCAAUAAGAAGUACAGGCAGGAACGUUCAGAAGCUUGGAUCAUGUGGACGCCAAUCCUUUUUAUCCCCAACAAUGAAGAAUGAAUGGAAAAUGGCAAAAAUCGCCUUUGUGAUCAUUGUUGUUUACGUUUUGUCUUGGUCUCCUUAUGCAUGUGUGACUUUGAUUGCAUGGGCUGGUUACGGAAAACUGUUAACUCCGUAUUCCAAGACUGUUCCUGCAGUUAUUGCCAAAGCUUCUGCAAUUUAUAAUCCGAUUAUAUAUGGAAUAAUUCAUCCAAAAUACAGGGAAACCAUUCACAAGUCUGUGCCUUGUCUCCGCUUCCUCAUCAAGAUAUCAAAGAAAGAUUAUAUGUCAUCAUCUAAUUUUGAGUCUUCAAUGCGUGGUUCUGUCUACAGUCGGCAUUCUAUAGCCACAAGGAAGAAAAACAGCUGCAUUUCAACAGUUUCCACAGCAGAAACAGUGCUGAGUGAUGUAGGACAGGAUCCUGUUUACAAAAGUAUAUGUCUUCAGAGAAGCCAUUCAUUCUCUUCAUGUCAAAAACAGAAACAGAAAGAAGUACUUUUGAAGGCUUGGAGCUGCAAUACUUUACAGGAACAUAAGGUUCUCCCAACAUUCUGUACAUUGGACGAUUCACUGAGAAAAUCUGAUAAAUGCAAUACACAAGAGAUUCUUCUCUCCAGAUCACUAAAUGCAGCUACUUAUCCCAUUGGAUUAGAAUCUAUGGUUAAAGGGAGCAUCACAAACAUUUCACAGAUGAGAACGCCGAGGCGUGGUGUAAAUGCCGGUUUGGACUGGAUCAUUCAUACCACCAUUCCACGCAUCGUCAUCAUUCCUACUUCAGACAAUAGCAUCUCUAAUGAACAAGAACAGAAAGAGGACGACAUGCAGGAAAAGAAAGAAAAGGAUGAGGGUGAAGAUUUCUUUGACUUUCAUGUGGACACAACUUUGUUGGACCUUGAAGAACUGACCUCUCCCAUAGAUCUUUUUGAAGCAGUUGAAAAGUUUCUGUCCCAAAAAUAAAUGUACAGAAAUUGCUCU